UCGUAACGGUUUUUGACUUCAUCUAACGGCCAAGAUUAAUCCAUUAUUUGUUUUUAAUAAAUAGAAAUAGUAACUUCUUCUUCUUCGUUGUUCCUCGUCUUCUCGCUCAAGAUCUCUCUCUCUCCCUCGCAGAACAAAAACCAUAAAACUCAUCUCACCGGAGAACGACGAAUCCGCCGCCGAAUCGGAGUUCUUCCACUUCCUCCUCAACAAAAAAUGUCUUCCUCGUCUUCAUCGAGGAACCAACCCAAGGAGAAUCCACUUUCUCGUCCGAGCGUAGCCAAGACUCGACCUCCACUCGGAGACGUCGUAAACCGCCGUAAUCCACUGGGAGAUAUCACGAAUCAGAAGACCGGAUCUAGAAUCUCCGCUCCGUCGUCUACUCUCGUGCAUUGUUCAAAUAAGAUCGGGAAAUCAAAGAAGGCAUCGAAACCUCCCAAGGCAAUCGCGAAAUCAAACCUACUCGUUCCUUACGAAGACAUCGAAUUGAAUCAAGGAUCAGAUUUGGGAAAUGAUGAUGAUGAUGAGGUUGUUGAUGAUAUUGAUAGUAACCUCGUGGAUCCACAGCUUUGUGGUGCCUUUGCUUGCGAUAUCUACGAGCAUUUGCGUUCAUCCGAGGUGAAGAAAAGACCUGCUUUUGAUUACAUGGAGAGAGUUCAGUCUAACAUCAAUGCUAGUAUGCGUACUAUACUCAUUGACUGGCUCGUUGAGGUUGCUGAAGAGUAUAGGCUUUUGCCAGAGACGUUGUAUUUGGCGGUGCACUGUUUAGACCGGUAUCUUUCAGGGAAUGUGAUUACCAAGCAAAACUUGCAGUUGCUUGGUGUUUCGUGCAUGAUGAUUGCAGCAAAAUAUGAAGAAGUGUGUGUGCCUCAAGUGGAGAGUUUCUGUUACAUUACUGAUAACACAUACUCAAGAAACGAGCUUCUGGAGAUGGAGUCGUCUGUUCUGAAUUACCUGAAGUUCGAAUUAACAACACCAACAGCAAAAUGUUUCUUGAGGCGCUUUGUUCGUGCUGCUCAAGGCAGGAAGGAGGUCUCAUCACUGCUGUUUGAGUCACUAGCGAGCUAUUUCAGCGAAUUAUCUCUCUUGGAUUACGCUAUGCUUCGCUACGCUCCAUCACUUGUCGCAGCCUCUGCCGUUUUCUUGGCACAAUACAUAUUACACCCUUCAACAAAACCAUGGAGCUCUACGUUAGAGCAUUACACAUCGUACAGGGCUAAACAUUUGGAAGCAUGCGUUAAGAAUCUUCUUCAGCUAUGUCAUGAGAGUCCCUCAGCCGAUGUAGUUGCAGUCAGAAAGAAGUACAGUCAAGACAAAUACAAGUUUGCAGCAAAGAAGUUUUGCCCCACCUCACUGCCACAAGAGCUCUUCCUCUGAUUGGGUUUCUUGGUGCUUCCUUUUGUUUUUUCCUCGUCUUGUUGAUAGAAACUCAUUAGGUCAGACCAAUGUAUUCAGUUCGAUUGAUGUGUAGGACGAUCGUAAUGAACAUAAAACAAUAACAAUAAUUAAAAAAAAAAGAAAAAAAAAUCCACCCACGCUGCAUCAAAAUUAAUUGAUAAUCAAAUAUAUGGAAAAAAAAAAAUUUGCUUAUUUUAUUCAACUGUGAAAACGCUAUUACAAAUCAUAGCUACUACAGUGAUAAGAUUCCAAAACUUCUGGUCUUAUGGGGAGGCUUUUGACACCCUGGACGUUUUGAAGUUGUUUAAUCAAAUGGUUUCACUCGAAUUAUAUACAAGGUCAAAUUAUACGUUAAUUAUGAAUAUUAUUUUCCAUGGUCCAACCAUGCAUUCAUCUAUGAUAAGUAUGAAGUCGUUUUUAUUAUUUGGUGCCUACACACACGUCCUUCUGGAUAGGAAAUGAUAUGUGGUCUAAGCAUACACCUCUCUCUAAUGGAGAAUGCAGAGACAGCAGCUCCAGAGAAGGACUCGGACAAAUCAUCUUGUAUUUAGAAAUGGAUGGAGUACUAUAUAAUUCCAUAUCACAUUUCUAUUCGAUCUUCUUAAAUUAUUUCCUAUGUUUUUCUAAACUAGUUCAACCUGAAAAUGUUGUUAUAAAGGACUUUUAUAAUUAUAAAAUGUUUUUUUUGGUGCAACAUAUAAUUAUAAAAUGUUACUAAACAUUUUUUUACAUAAUUUGUAAUGAACAUACAACAAUUUAUAAGAAAACAAAAAAUCCACCCACACUGCAGUAGAAUGAAACGAUAGAAACUGAUAGAACAAAACUUGGGUUCACCCCCUAUGGUGAACUCUCAAAUUCACCUCUAGUGUUACCACCAAUCAAAGUGCCAUGUAGGAUUAAGAGAAAAAAAAAUAUUAAAACUUAAAAAAAAAAGGAAAAUAGCUUUAAAAAAAUAAAAGAACGUCGCUAACGGUGUCUGUGUCGAUGGCUUCCUUCAUCACCACAGAGAAGAUGGAUCCUGUGUUUGUCAAGUUGAGUCUCCAAUUCUAUGCUUUCAAAUCGAAUUCUGAUUUCUUCUCCAAUCCAAAUCAACCCAUGUACGUCUGGUUGUACAAACAUACCAUGACUUACUUCAAAUCAAGCCCUGUACGUCCGGAUAUCGGAUUAGUGUCAAAAGGGUUUGUCAAAGAGAGAACUCCAACCACAUAAGCUGUCCGCCACACUACUCUGAAGAGGUUUACUGAAUAUUCAGAUGUGAUGAACUUGUUGUCAGGCCAGUUUCUACUCCCACAAAGCUUGCUCUUUUCAUAGCUUUGUUCUCUGCUCGGCUUGAUCUCAAUGUGUCCUGCAAAAAGUAUCAAAUUUUCACCAGUUAUUGACAAUGACAAUCAAUUCUCAUGUGUUUAACUUAAAUCCAACAUACGUGUACGUACCAAUUGUAUCCACCGGCUGAGAAAGGAUGUGACUCGUACUUGUCACCGUUGUCUUUGACCAGUUUGGACAUAGUGUCAAACGACUCAAACUUCACACAGUACGUAACUGGAGGACGAGUUCUCGUCUCUUCCCUUAUUGUUGCCGAGAGCUUCUUGUGAUUCCUAGCAGGAACAGAGACAGAGCUCCUAAUGUUGCAAGGAAGUAUUCCCACGUCCAACAAUCCUUCUUCUAUUACUGCUUCUGUCUCCAUUAGGUUUUGAAAGUUGUAGUAAGGUUUUGCAAAUCUUAUUACUACCACAAUGAAAACAAGACAGAAGAAGCAGUUGACAAAUAUUGUUUCAUAGUUUGUAUUUUUUUUCUUUUCUUCGGUAAACUUUUUUUUUUCUUUUUCAAGUGUACUUGUAACGGUUUCUGAGUUGUGUAUUUUAUGAACAAUUCUGUCAAGAGGUUCAUAUUCAAAGCUAACAAGACACAAUAGUAAAACUUGAUUGAUGAUUAACUUGCCUGAAUCUCAAUGAGAACCGUGGCUAUUACUUGAAUGACAAGAAACCAUUAUUCUUUGUUGGAAAGAGACAACCUUGAUUUACAUAAAAAUGACAAACUUGAGGCUACUACUUGAAUGCUGACAAUAUUCUGUGUUGGAAAGAGACAAACCAUUAUUCUUAUGUAAAUCAAGUAAAUCACCACCUAGAACUAGAAUCAAGUAUAAAUUAAUUGAUGAUUAACUUGCCUGAAACAAGAUUGAAACGAUCUCAAAACCUAAUUUGAUGAAACAAAGAAACGUAUGUUUCAGUUAACGGCGACGGUUCUUUUAUUUUUUUUAAGCUAUUUUCCUUUUUUUUUAAAGUUGUAAUAUUCCUUUUUCUCUUAAUCCUACAUGACCCUUUGAGUGGUGUUAAUAAUAGAGGUGAAUUUGAGAGUUCACCAUAGGGGGUGAACCCAAGUUUUGUUCAAACUGAUAACCAAAGAUAUGAAACAAAACCGUUAUUCCGUUAUUUUUUUUUAUUACUCAACUGUGAAAUGCUAUUACAAAACUUAGCUGCCGAUGGAUGAUAAAAAAGUACGAUGGAUAAAUAAUCAAUUCGUUAAUAAGGAGGAGGAGCAUUGGUGCCAUAUGAUGGACCAGAAGGAGGACCACUCGGACGCUUUGGUAAAGUUCCGAAACGUAUUGGAGGUGGUUUAUCACUUUGCGGUGUUGACUUCACAUUUUGGGCUAAGCUUGAUUGAUAGAACUCGGAAGACAAAGAUUUGGUUGGCAUUGCACAUGUCGGAGAAACUAGUAAUCCACAAGUCAUUAGUAGCCAAAGUGUCACUAUGGUUGCCAACAUCUCGACCUUGAUCAUCUUUUGCUUAUCUUUAGAUAUGAGAAAAUAAGUUAAGUGUUAAUCAAGUGGUUUCAGUCGAAUGAUAUAUAUAGGGGUAAAUGUUUUUUUUAUAGGGGUAAAUGUUAUGCUAAACAUGAAUACUAUUGUUCAUGCAUGGUCCAGCCAUGCAAUACUCUCACACGUCCUUUUGAAUAGGAAACGAUAUAUUCGGUCUA